AUGCCAUCCGCGUCUGUUCCUCUCCCAGCAAUUUCUCUUUAUCCUGAUUCAGGAAAGAUUCCCUGGAAUAACCUUUCUCUGAAAAACUUUGAAGGGAAAUACGAGUUUUCCGGAGAAUCGGAUUCAUUCAACCAAAAGGUUGAAAUUGAAAUAAAAUUUUUUGCUAAAGCUUUUAAUCAAAAGAAAUUGGGUGAUUCGAAUGAUUAUGAAUUUAUAAUUGAGACAUUUAAAAAAUUUGGCAACAGCAAUGAUUCAUUAUCUCUUGAAAAAAAGAGACAAUGGAUUGUAAGCUUAACUCAUAAUAUUUCACAUUUGGAUACGUCAUUUCGUCCACUUGUUAAAGCGGUUCUUGGAAUAGUUUGGAUUAUUUUUGACGAGGAUACUCUUCAUGCUUUUAUCAUUUUUAUCCGAACUCUAAUUUCAACUCAUUCAUGUUAUGCUGUGGAAGCUUUGAACAUGACAGCUGAAAUUCAAGGAAGUUUACUUGAAGUUGAAGAAAUGGAAGAUGAAAUGGAAUUUUUUAAUUUAGAUUAUAAUCCGGGAGCUAUCACCAAAAAAUCAAAAAAUAACAACGAGGAAACGUUAAAAAAAAAGAAUCAAGUGGAUGAGAAAAACACAUUUACAGAUUCCGAAAAUUUAUUUGAUAUGGAAUUAGACGAAGAAUCUGAUGAUAGCGAAAGUGAAAAUCGACAAUUUCUCGAACAAUUUUUGACAUCUUUAUAUUCAACUUUAUGGAAUGAAAGUCAUCCUCAAGGCGAAAAAAUUUCAUCAGUACUUUAUUUAGGCUCUCUGGUAGCUCGAGCAAAUUUCAUGGACGAAACUGCAGUUCGCUCUUCAGCAUUAAUGUAUAUAUUUUGUUUUCGCUGGAAGGAUUUAAUCCUUAAAGAAGAAGGAGAAACACAAGAGCAGAUGAUUUAUCGGCUUAAAAGAUCUCCAAAAAAUUCAGAUUUAAAUUGGUGCGAGGAAAUUCGUGAAUUUGAUAGAUUAAUCACAUCCAAAUUUGAACCUUUAAAGUUUGCAAAAAUUUCAAACAGCCUUAAUUUCAUGUCUUGUUAUACUCUUUUGACGAAUGGGCAACAAUUUAUAGUACCAUCAUCUCGGAUAACCAACGACCAGGAUUACCACAACUACGGAAACUAUGAAGGCAACGAUCAGUUUACAUUUUUUCCUUUUGAUCCAUUCCGUUUGAAAACAUCAUCAUGUUAUAUUAAAAAAAUUUAUCGUGAAUGGGAAGAAUUACCUUUCAUCGACAAUCUUGAAUCUAUUCCCAAUAGUGAUGUUACAAUUUCCUCACAUAAAAUUAGUCACGAUACAAUGGAAGAAUCAAAAUUUAUGUCAACAUCUCGACUAUCUUUGUGUUUACGAAUAAGGCAACGUAAACUUUAUUAUACACUUUUGAGAAUACAAAUCUAUAUUAAAAUGAUUGAAGACAACUCAAAUAAUUCCAAAUCAACAAAUAAGAAGUUUUUUUCAAAAGAGAAAGAGGUUUCGUCAAAUGAAGCCAGCACAAACUCUACUAGUGAGAUGCGACACACUUCAGCAACUACAGGCAAAAAGCGCAUCUUGCCACCAAGGAAAUUCGGUCCGCUAGCAGGUGUUACGAGCUCUGAUUCGUUGUUAGAAAACGACAGCAAUACCUUCUAUUUGUCUCCUGAGGAUUUCAUAUUAAUAACAAAUAAAGAAAGUGAUUUACAAGGCUGUGAAACAAUCGACGAAGCGAAUAAUAUGAUGGAAGUAGAGCAAUCAACAAAUGAAGUUUCAGAACCUCUUUUCAAACCAUUCGUUGAAGAUUUGGAAAGUGGAUUACGCAGUAAAACCCAAGAAGAGGAGAUCUUACCGGAAAAAUACGAAAAGAGACAUCGAAAAUUUGAAUUAUCAGAAAAAAAGUUAAAGAACCGAGAGCGUGAAAGACUAACAUAUGAAAGAUAUCAACAGCAGCUGGCAGUAGAGAAGUUACGAAAUAUGGAGAUGAAUCGAUUAAUCCCAAUUGCUGCGCUACGAACAGAAUCAUCGAAUACGAUUGAUGCUAAUGAUAUAGAGAUUAUGCAUAAGAAAUUGCUUCGAGAAGCAGAAGAUACAUUAAAAAGAUACGAUGAAUUAGGAUUAGGUGGGAAAAAACGAAAACCGGACUUUCCCACUAGCAGUGGGGAGACAACAGAAAGUGAAGCUACAAAAAGUCCAGGAGAAGUAAUAAAUUCAAAGAAACAAAAGCAAAGACGAAAGGAUAGUAUAACUAGUUCAGAAGAUGUUACAUCAAAUAGCAAUACCUCAUCAAAAAAGUUGAAGCUCAAAGUUUCAUCAAAUAAAAAUAAAAACACUGAUGAUAAUUCAUCCAAACAAUUAAGAAACAGUAUUAGUACAUCGGCUUCCCUGAGUAAUAUUCCAGAAAAUGAAAUAGAUCUCAUUGAUCUCGGUGAACCUACAGGAAUAACUACCUUCAUAAAGCCAAAUACACCCAUGCCGACAGGAUAUCGGAAAAGCACACGAUCAGCAUUGGCUUUUGGAACAAAAUUGCCGGUCGCUUUAAGUAAAAAACUUAAUUUUGAGUUGCCAGAAGAUGAGUUUGGCGAUUUGCUUCGCCAGAGAGAAGAAUACCGAGCAGCGAAUCCGGACACUUAA